AUGAGUGGAAAAACGAACGCCCAGCAAGCACUAAUCAAUGAAUGGACAGCCCUACAGCAGGAAGAGGAAGCGCUUGACAGGGGAAUUCGUUAUCUGGCCGACCAGCUGAAAAUCUUGGAACGCGACGAGCGGCGAAUCCGAUACUCUAUUCAAUUGUUCGACGAAAAUGAGCGGGCGAACAACUUGGAACUCACUUCUGGUCACUUUGAUGAGGGAUCAACUGACCAGCCUCAAGUUAAUCAAUCUCUUCCCUCCAUUCUCCCACCCCCUUCUGCUCAAUCAGAACAAAUGCAACACCCAGAGCCAGUUAUUGUGGAGGAAGAGGAGGAACAACUCGCUACAAUUGAAGAAGAGUCAAUGUCAGAUGAGCAGGAGAAAAUUCCAGAGCCGAAGAAAGCUAAAGAGCCAACUGGAAGAGUUUUACGAAGCCGAAAAAACAAGAAUCUUGCCAAAUGA